AUGUCCACGGUGGCAACUCUGUCGAAUCCAAGCUUUGGUCCUGACCGUGUCAACGCACCAAAUCUCAGCGCGUCCAGACUUGCCGGCAACAUGUUUUUCUGUGCUAUUAGUGGAGUUGUUCCCACAGAUCCAGUGGUUGCAAGGCCCUCUGGACACGUCUACGAGCGGCGGCUCAUCGAAAAAUAUAUUGCGGAGAAUGGGACGGACCCAAUCACUGGUGGAAAGCUCGAAACGGAUGACAUAAUUGCUAUCAAAGCAAAUCCGUCAAGCGCUCCUCCACGACCUCCAAACUUUACUUCGGUACCCGCUAUCCUGAAUGCCUUGCAAAACGAGUGGGACGCGCUCGUUCUCGAAACAUUCACCCUGAGACAACAAUAUAAUGCGACACGGCAAGAAUUGAGUCAUGCUCUCUAUCAACAAGAUGCUGCGACGCGUGUUGUCGCGCGUUUGCUCAAAGAGAGAGAUUCUGCUCGAGAGGCCCUUGCCACGGUUCAAUCCUCCAUGGGCAUUGCCCCAACCGACGAUGUCGAAAUGGCCGCGGAUUCAGCCAGCGUAGUCCCUGAAGACACUGUUGCAAUCAUCAAUGACACACUCAAUACCCUUUCUUCGACUCGCAUGAAGCGGAAAAUGGUUGCCGAAUACGCGACUGUGGAAAAUGUUCGCGCCUUUGAGCCUAAACAGAGUAUCCCGUCUCUGCAUGCCUCUUCCCCGGCAGGCAUCAACUCAAUUGUCCUCUCCCAAACCACGCCAGACGUCUUUGCCACGGCAGGUAACGACAAGACUGUGCAAAUCUACGACGCGAGUAGCCAAAAGGUCCUACACACGCUCAAGGGCCACACGAAAAAAGUCAACCAUGUCGCCUGGAGAGAAGCUGAUGGAGAGACUUCACUCAUCUUAUCGGCCUCGGCGGACAAGACUGCGCGUGUAUGGGGGUACGAUGACGGUGCCUCGACAUACGCACCGAAACAGACAUUCAAGACACACAAAGGAGAUGUUGUCGGGCUUGGUGUUCACCCCUCUAACAAGCUGGUUGCACUCGCCUCUGCGGACAAGACAUUCUCCCUUCACGAUCUAACCACUUUCCAAACAGUCUAUCAAUCUGAGCAAUUUGAUGUACCCUUCCACUCCCUCGCAUUCCAUCCUGAUGGUCACUUUAUCGGUAUUGGCACAUCGAAUGGAGCCGUCAUUAUUGUCGAUCUUCGGACAGGCGCGCCAGCCGCAACACUGGCGAGCGAAGCGGGAGAGUUCACCGUGGAUACCGUGGCGUUUAGCGAAAACGGAUGGCAAAUGGCUGCACCUGGCUCACCAGAAGCUGACGUCGUCGCACUAUGGGACUUGCGAAAGCAAAAGGCUCGAGCGACUCUAGACGUCGGAGGUGGUUUCAAAAUUCGCUCACUCGCGUUCGACUAUUCGGCUGCCUGGCUCGGUGUUGGUGGCGCAGGUGGCUUGAAACUCUUCACGCCGGGCAAAGUCAGAGAGGAAAUCUGGAGCACCGACGGAGAAGUGGUUGAUCUCGCCUUUGGUCCUCUUGGAAAGUCCGUCUGGGCUGUUGGCGGCCGUGAGGUCAGAAUAUGGGGAGCGUAA